CAAGAGGUAGCGCGCACACACAGAGAGGAGGAAAAACGGAGGAAACGUCACGCAUUCGACCAGAGCAGAGAGGAAAAGUCAUAAAAACGAGUCUCAUUUUAGCGGCAUGGCUCUGCGGGACGAGCUAUUAAAAUCCAUUUGGCACGCCUUCACGGCGCUGGAUCUGGACCAGAGCGGGAAAGUCUCCAAAUCUCAGCUAAAGGUUCUGUCUCACAACCUGUGCACGGUCUUGAAGAUCCCGCACGACCCCGUGGCUCUGGAGGAGCACUUCAAAGAUGACGAUGAAGGUCCCGUUUCCAAUCAGGGAUACAUGCCGUACCUCAACAGGUUCAUCCUGGACAAGGUCACCGAUAACUUCGACCGCCAAGACUUCAAUAAAAUGUGUUGGACAUUGUGCUCGAGGAAGAACUUGGACCAAAGUCAGAUUCUCAUCUCCAAUGACGAUGCUUUCAAGAUCUGGUGCAUCUUCAACUUUCUAUCUGAGGAGAGAUACCCACUGGUCAUGGUCACAGAGGAGAUUGAGUACUUCUUGCGUAAGCUGACGGAGGCGAUGGGCGGGAGCUGGGUGGAGGAGCGUUUUGAGGACUACAAGCUCCAGCUGAACUCAAAGCAGCAGAGUCUGAGUGUCUGGCAGCUCAUCGGCUUGGUGGGCUCGGGCCACUUCAGUAAGGGAAUUGACCGGCAGACGCUCUCUAUGGCCAUCACAGAGGUCUACCAGGAGCUGAUCCUGGAUGUGCUCAAGCAGGGUUACAUGAUGAAAAAAGGUCACAAGAGGAAGAACUGGACUGAGCGCUGGUUUGUGCUGAAGCCCAGCUCCAUCUCCUACUAUGUUGGAGAAGACAUGGCAGAAAAGAAAGGGGACAUUCUGCUGGAUGGAGGCUGCUUAGUGGAGCCUUUACAAGACAAAGAGGGGAAAAAGUGCCUCUUCCUCAUCAAGUCAUCUCAGAAGAGCUUUGAAAUAAGUGCAUCCGAUAAGAAGAAGAAGCAGGAGUGGAUCCAGGCCAUUCAGACGUGUGUGAGCCUGCUGCGUGAGGGCCGGCCGGCGCUGCACCGCGAGGCCCGACAGAAGCGCCGCGACCUGCGGCUCAGGCAUCAGGCCGAGCAAGAGGAGCUGGAGCGGAGGAUGAAGGAGCUGCAGACCGCCAACGAGGCCAAACAGCUGGAGCUGGAGAACAUGAGGAAGGCCCUGGAAGAGGCAGCAGCCAAUGCAACAGAAGAGGAAAAACGACGCCUUGAGACCCAAACGGAGCUGCAGAACCGCUACCAACGGGAACUGGAGAGAGAAAAGAUGGUACGACAGGAGAUGGAGGAGCAGAUGGCCCAGAAGUCGACGGAGCUGGAGCAGUACCUGCAGAGGGUCCAGGAGCUGGAGGACAUGUACAACGAGCUGGAGGCGGCUUUGGAGAAUGAGAGGCGCGCCAGGCAGGAUGAGGAAACCGUCCGGAAGCUGCAGGCACGGUUGCUUGAGGAAGAGGCCGUGAAGAGGGCGGAGCUGGAGCAGAUCCACCUGAAGCAGCAGCAUGCCAUCUCCGAAACACAGGCGGAAAAACAGGAGCUGGAGAGGGAGCGUUUGGCCAAGGAGAGUGCCCUGCAGGCCGCCAUGCAACAGCUGGAGCAGCUGGAGCAGGAGAGGCAGGGAGCGCUGGAGAAAUAUCAGUCAGUGGUAAAGAAACUGGAAGAUGCAACAAACAACACCCGGACCUGGAAGCACAAAGUGGCUGAACAUGAAGGCUUGCUGCGGCUCAUUCAGCCAGGAGACAAGGGACAGCUGAAAAUGACAAACUGGGGCCCAGCAGCUUUCUCUGACCUGGAACUGAAUCUGAGGGAGAAGAAGUGGCAGGAGAGGAAGAACCAGGCGGCUCAGGCCCAGUAGAGCUGCUGCAGGCAGACGUAAAGAAGUGGAACGAGACCUGAGGACAGGUGUCCUCCUUUUCGAGUGGAGUUCAAAAAUAUGAGUUACCAGGUUGAAUGAAGCAAUUUACAUUUGUGGGCAUUAACAAGUCAGUAGUUUUUAUUUCCUUUGUGAAGUUUUAGUCUUCUACCCUCAGAAUCAGCUCUAAAGCCAUAAAAAAGAUCUUUGUGACUUAAUAAAGCCUAAAAAGAUCUGGAUAAUCCCAUUUUAUUUAAAUAAUGCAAUAGUUGCUCUGAGAAAAUAGUUUCAACUAACAUCAGGUAAGAAGACUUUAUCUGGUUUAUUUAAUCUUCUUUCAGAUUCUAAAAUAUCAAAUUUUCUAAUAAUUUGAGCAAAGAACACAAUAUUUAUCAACUCAGAUGAAAACCUGCAUUAUUUUGUUAGUUUAGAUUGCACAUAACUCCCUUAUUGUCUCAAGUCAUUGCUCGUGUCGUAAAAAUACACUACUAUAUGAAAGCCUGACCACUUUAAAACAUUGAAUUUAGAUUCAGACCUCUGAGCAGAGAGGAGGCGAAGAGCUGCCGUGUCACACCGCAAGUCCUUCGACAAAUCUGUCGUUACUAACAAGUAUGACUUUCUGUGCAGACUUUACUACUUUGUUAAAGUUCUUUAUCCACCUUUACAUGAAUACAGUUCACUUAAUAUUUUCCUCUCAUGCUGUUUCUGUAGUUUGUGUGUCCUGGGUUAGGUGUGACUGUAGGAGCUGUUAGAGUGGAAAGCGUUUCUACAGAUGUGGCCUUUAGACAGGAGCUCUAAAUGCAGGUUUGGAGUCCGAACCAGUGGUGCCUCUCACACUGUUAUGAGUACAAGUUGUGAAUUUUGUACAAGUCUGUAAAAAGCUGAAGAAGAAUCAUGUAGCCCAAUAAAAAAAAUCUAUUCUGAAAA